GGCUAAGUGCGGUCGUUGGUACACUUUUAUUUCACCCGACCGUCAGCGCCAUGGGAACCCGCCUAUGCGCCUCUUUUUUUCCACCCUGAGGCGUGUUCACUGGGACGACAAAAAUACGGCAGACGGUCGCUCGGCGUUCGCUACCAAUCGCACGUUUCCGACAAUGAAGCAUACAAAAGUCUCUCCGCAAACGACGCCAAUCUAAAACAACCACAAAAAUUCGGCGUCGUCAGGGUCCAGCGCGUCGAGAUCAAAUUUUUAGUAGACUACCAGAAGAGGAAACAUCCUGAGCUCGACCGUACUCGAGGAGUUUCAAGGGAUAAGUGACCAGGAAAGGAAAUCGAUAAUUAUUGAAAGGAGGAAUUAAGUUAAUUUAAAAAAAUGUAUACUACGCACAGAGCUUGCAGCGCUCUGUCCAAGCAGAGAUUGACACUUCAGACCUGGAACAUUACAAAGAGAAGUUGUGCGAGCGAUGUCGAGUACAGACCGAUUAGGAGUGUCCUGGUUGCUAAUAGAGGUGAAAUCGCCAUUCGCGUUUUUCGAGCAUGUAACGAGCUUGGAAUUCGAUCCGUGGCUAUUUACUCGGAACAGGAUAAAAUGCAGAUGCACAGACAAAAGGCUGAUGAAGGCUAUGUUGUGGGACGUGGACUGCCACCUGUUCAAGCUUAUCUGAACAUUCCUGAAAUCAUCAGAAUAGCCAAGGAGAAUGACGUGGAUGCCAUUCAUCCUGGUUAUGGAUUUCUUUCUGAGAGAUCAGAUUUCGCCCAGGCCGUUAUAGAUGCUGGGAUCAGAUUUAUUGGUCCAAGUCCUAAGGUUGUACAGCAGAUGGGUGAUAAGGUGGCGGCUAGACAGGCAGCAAUUGGAGCUGAGGUGCCUAUAGUACCUGGUACCGACGGACCUGUUACUUCUUCGGACGAAGCUAUGGAGUUCUGUAUGAAACAUGGACUUCCGGUUAUCUUCAAAGCUGCCUAUGGUGGCGGUGGAAGAGGUAUGAGAGUCGUUAGACAGAUGGAAGAGGUACGUGAGAUGUUUGAUCGUGCUUCGUCUGAAGCUGCUGCUGCUUUCGGAAAUGGGGCUAUGUUCAUUGAGAAAUUUAUUGAGAGACCAAGGCAUAUUGAAGUGCAGUUACUUGGUGACCAAGCUGGAAAUGUAGUGCAUCUUUAUGAACGUGACUGCUCGGUUCAACGUCGUCAUCAGAAGGUUGUCGAAAUUGCACCAGCGCCAAGACUGGAUCCUAAAGUUCGAGACAAGAUGACGCAGCAUGCUGUCAAAUUAGCAAAAUAUGUUAAUUAUUCUAAUGCUGGGACCGUAGAGUUCCUAGCUGACGAGACUGGCAAUUUCUAUUUUAUAGAAGUCAAUGCAAGACUCCAGGUAGAGCACACAGUUACAGAAGAGAUCACUGGAAUUGAUUUGGUCCAAUCACAAAUUCGUGUUGCUGAGGGCAUGACCCUGCCGGAACUUGGAAUGACGCAAGACAAGAUCAAGCCUCAAGGAUUCGCUAUUCAGUGUCGUGUGACAACCGAAGAUCCUGCUAAGAAUUUCCAACCGGAUACUGGAAGGAUAGAAGUCUUCCGAUCAGGAGAGGGUAUGGGUAUCCGAUUGGACAGUGCAUCUGCUUUCGCAGGCGCCAUUAUCUCACCUUACUACGAUUCUCUUCUUGUUAAGGUCAUAGCGCAUGCUGCUGAUCUUCAAUCGUCGUGUGCCAAAAUGAAUCGUGCUUUGCGCGAAUUUCGUGUGCGCGGCGUUAAGACAAAUAUACCAUUUCUACUGAACGUACUUGAGAAUCAAAAAUUCCUUAAUGGCAUUGUCGAUACUUAUUUCAUUGACGAAAAUCCACAGUUAUUCCAAUUUCAACAGAGCCAAAAUCGUGCCCAGAAACUUCUUAAUUAUUUGGGUUCAGUUUUGGUGAACGGUCCUAGCACGCCGUUGGCUACGUCACUUAAACCAGCUGAAAUAAAACCACAUAUACCUCAGAUUGCGAUAGACUUUGCUAAGCUUGCAGCAGCCGAAGAUGCCAAUGACGUAGACGCUGCAAGUGUUCUGGAACCACCAAAGGGUCUACGUCAUAUCCUGAAGGAACAGGGUCCUGAAGCUUUUGCUAAAGCUGUGCGUGCACAUAAAGGACUCCUACUCAUGGAUACGACGUUCCGUGAUGCUCAUCAAUCUCUCCUGGCGACACGCGUCAGGUCCCACGACCUACUUCAGAUUUCGCCAUACGUUACUCACAAAUUCAACAAUCUCUAUUCCAUGGAAAAUUGGGGUGGAGCUACCUUCGACGUCGCCCUGAGAUUCCUUCACGAGUGUCCUUGGGAACGACUAGAGGAUAUGCGCAAGGCAAUUCCUAAUAUUCCCUUCCAGAUGCUUCUGCGUGGUGCUAACGCAGUGGGAUACACUAAUUAUCCUGACAACGUCGUGUAUAAAUUCUGUGAGCUAGCUGUACAGUCAGGAAUGGACGUUUUCAGGGUAUUUGACUCUCUGAAUUACCUUCCCAAUCUAAUCCUUGGAAUGGAAGCUGCUGGUAAGGCUGGUGGUGUAGUGGAAGCAGCAAUUUCCUAUACUGGAGAUGUCAGCGACCCAAAUCGUACCAAGUAUAAUCUUAAAUAUUACACCGAUUUGGCUGAUGAACUUGUAAAGGCUGGUACUCAUGUCCUGUGUAUUAAGGACAUGGCUGGUCUCUUAAAACCAGAGGCGGCUGGAUUACUAAUCGAUGCUAUAAGACAGAAACAGCCUGACGUUCCUAUUCAUAUUCAUACGCAUGACACUGCUGGAGCUGGUGUCGCAUCUAUGUUAGCUUGUGCCAAAAGCGGUGCUGAUGUCGUGGAUGUUGCUGUGGAUAGUAUGUCUGGAAUGACCAGUCAGCCAUCCAUGGGAGCAAUUGUUGCUUCUCUUCAAGGAACGCAGUACGACACGAAAUUAGAUCUAGCUGACAUCUCUGAAUAUUCUGCCUACUGGGAACAAACUAGAACACUGUACGGUCCAUUUGAAUGUACAACGACAAUGAGAUCCGGAAAUGCAGACGUGUACCUGAAUGAAAUACCUGGUGGCCAGUAUACCAAUCUACAAUUCCAAGCAUAUUCCUUAGGUCUAGGCGAGUUCUUUGAAGAUGUUAAGAAAGCGUACCGGGAGGCUAAUCUUCUUCUUGGUGAUAUAAUCAAGGUCACACCAAGCUCAAAGGUCGUGGGUGACUUUGCACAAUUUAUGGUUCAGAAUAAACUCACGGCCGACGACGUACUGAAAAAAGCUGAGGAAUUGUCCUUCCCUAAAUCCGUCGUCGAGUUCCUUCAAGGUGCCAUUGGUGAACCUUAUGGAGGUUUCCCUGAGCCAUUGAGAUCUAAAGUUCUGAAGGAUAUGCCACGUGUAAAGGGAAGGCCAGGUGCUAGUCUGAAACCUCUCGACUUCAAAGCCCUCAAAGAACAGCUCAAGGAAUCUCAUCCUGGUGUCACGGAUAAGGACGUCAUGUCAGCAGCGUUAUAUCCUGAGGUGACGAACGACUUUCUAAACUUCAAGGAAACGUAUGGUCCUGUCGACAAACUCGAAACCAGGAUAUUCCUGACUGGACCUAAGGUGGGUGAAGAGUUCGAGGUGACUAUUGAGAAAGGAAAGACUUUGGGCAUCAAGACACUUGCCAUGGCUGAAGAUUUGACCCCGAAUGGCGAACGAGAAGUCUUCUUCGAGAUGAAUGGUCAGCUCAGGUCCGUCUUCAUCAAGGACAAGGAAGCUGUCAAGGAAUUACACAUUCAUCCCAAAGCCGCCAAAGGUGAUAAAAAUCAAGUAGGAGCACCUAUGCCGGGUACAGUCAUUGACAUCAGAGUGAAGGUCGGCGAUACUGUGGAAAAGGGAGCAGCCCUGGUAGUUUUAUCAGCUAUGAAAAUGGAAAUGGUUGUUCAGGCACCUAAAGCAGGAAAGAUCAAAACCCUUGACAUUACUCAGGGAAUGAAAUUAGAGGGUGAUGACCUUCUCUUGACUAUCGAGUAAAACUUGUAAAAAGAUAACAAGAUAUUUUGUAUAAGUCGAGCUAGUCUCGUGGAUGAACUAAGCUACUUCAAUCAAACGUGUUUGCUUACCAUGAAGUAUAAAAAAAGUGAUGAAACUUCAACGGUAAUUGAAAUAGUCACCUUGUCAUCAGGAUAUUUUUAUUUUUAUUGAUGUUACAAACUGGAUAAUGAUACUCUUACAGGGUAAAUAUUUUAUUUGUGUACAUUAAAGUAGCUUGGGACAAUGCUGAAGGUGCUACUACUCAAAGUUCAAUUCGUUAUAGCAUACUGCCAAUGAUAGAUUAUCGUCGAACAAUGUAAAAUCAUUGUAUCAUGAAUUGAUAUAAUCUCGAUACGGAUCGUAUGUACAUCUUGACAUCUAGCGUAACCAUAACGAUACGGGAUUACUUAUAUCAAUUAAUUUUUCAAGUGCCCUAGGAUCGAUCGAUUGCCAUGUUAAUUGAGUUUGCUAAUUGUGAGAGUCUUAAGAAUGAUCUAGGCUCGUUAAGUCAGAUGAUCGAUCGAUCCUAAAUUAAAAACUUGUUAUUAUCGAAACACUCGUGUCAUCUGCAAUUAUUGUAAACAAAAAUUCGGAUAAAAGCACAGCUGCCUCGAGUGCUUUGAUUCGUUGACACAAAUGCAUGACGUACACAAAUAAUUCGCAAUUAUCAUCAGUUAAACAGCGUUUAUUUUAGCGGGAUGAGCCAAACGAGAGGGCUUAAUUUUCGUCUCUUCAUCUUUUAGGAAUUUUUAUUUUGUAGAUAUAUUUUAAUUUGAACCGCGUUCUUUCUGCGGGCAAAUUCUUUUCGAGAGAAUUUUUCCUUCCGAUGAAUAAUCAUUCUUGAUGUUAAUUAUCGUUUGAUAGCUUUAUGUAAUGUAUAUGUAUAUUGCAUUGAUCGUUAAUUAAUUUUAAGCAUUGGGUUCAUUUUAUAAUUGUAUAUAGCUGAAUCGGCUUACCCUAUUGUAUGUGAAAAUUGUUAUUUACAUUUAUUUAAGGAAUUUACAUCGCCUGGUCAAACUCAAGGAACAUAAACCAUAGCCAGUUGAUAUCGCGGUUUUUGCGAUAUUAAUAUAUUAUAUUAUCACUGUACAUUCAUACGAUGUCUAUUAGAUAUAUUUAUAUAGAAGCCAGUCUUCGAAUAAAAUCUCAUUUACUUAUAAAAA